AUCUCCGAAUGCACGCCCACUAUGGUAAAGAUGGCAUUUCGCAAAGCCUACUCUAUCAAGGAUAAGCUGGAGGCCAUCGAACGGGUGAAAAAUGGAGAAAGGCAAGCAAGUGUAUCGAGGGACUUUGGGGUGCCGGGGGGGACCCUGCGGGGCUGGCUGAAGGACGAGCAAAAACUCAGAUGGUUCCUGGACCAGCUCGGGGGCGAUGUGGGCACCCACAGGAAAAAGAUGCGACUUGCCAAUGAGGAAGAAAUAGACAGGGCAGUGUACAGCUGGUUUAUCUCCCUGCGCCAGCAGGGCAUUCCUCUGUCGGGGCCCAUUAUCCAGGCGCAGGCAGAGGCGUUUGCCAAGCAGAUUUACGGAGACGAAUGCACCUUUAAGGCGAGCCACGGCUGGUUCUGGCGCUGGCAGAAAAGACACGGAAUAUCCAGUCAGCGCAUAUAUGGCGAAUCGGAGGUGAGGCAGACAGAAAUGGAUCCUGUGAUAAUAUUCCCGGAACAGCCCAAUACUCCAGUCGCUGACAGCGGCUACGGAGAUGAGCAGAUAUACAAUGCCAAUAUUACCGGGCUGUACUGGAAACUGCUGCCCGACCAGACCCACGACAUGAUCUUGGCCAAGCAGCCCGACGGCUACAAGCACAUAAAGGAAAGGGUUACGGUUCUGUUGGCCGCCAAUCUCACGGGAAGCCAUAAGCUGAAGCCUCUGGUGGUCGGGAAGCUCCGGGAUCCCCCCAGCCUGCGCCACCACAAUCAGGACAAGUUCCCCGCGGUUUAUCACUACUCUAGAAACGCGUGGGUGACCCAGGAGCUCCUGAGAGAGUGGUUCCUGGAGGAAUUUGUUCCUGCAGUCAAGCGUUACCUGAAGAGAUGUUGCCUCCAGCAGAAAGCCGUGCUCUUAGUCAACCAAUGCCCUGGGAAGCCACCUGAGGAAGAUCUGCAAACGGCUGAUGGCAACAUCCGAGUCUUAUUUCUCUCCAAAACCACGAGGAGUAAAAUCCCUUCCAUGGACCAGGGAGUCAUCUCUUCCUUCAAGCAACUGUACAGGCGAGAGCUUCUCAAGCUAAUGGUGUCCUGCGAUAGCUCCCCCUCUGACUUUGUCACUUCUUUCAGGCUCAAAGACAUGAUUUAUCUAGCAGGCCAGUCGUGGAACAUGAUACAGGCCGGGAGCAUUGAGAAGUGCUGGCUCUAUGGUCUUCGGGCGGCUUUUGAGACAAACGCCAGCGCGGAAACCAAGGAAGAGGAGUACAGCAAGGUCUUCGCUGAUUUGACCAAUCUGGCCACCUUGGCCUACAAGCAGAUGCUGCCUGAGGACAUCGCCGAGUGGGUUCACCUGGACGACUCCAUAUCCGUUGUUGAAGAGGACAGAAUUGGAGAUUCUGGCUGCACGUUCCUUGCACCCGAUGACCCCUCGGGAGAUAUGGACAUGGGCGUCGAUGAGAUAGAGAGGGAUCCUAUGCCGUCUGCGGCUGAGGCCAUCCACGGCCUGAAGACCGCUCUACGUUGGUUAGAAGCUCAAGACCCGCAGAAAGUCGGUCCUCUGAAAAUAGUGCAACUGCGAUCACUAAUAACCACGGCUCAGCGGCUUCAAGCGCAGCUACAGGGCAAAGCAACAGACUGCGACGGAAGCCCCUGAUCCUUACGAGACUGGGGGGGCAAAUAGCUAAAAGCACUAGAGAGUUUGUGAGCACACAUAGAGACAAAGUAUAUAUUUUGCACUACAACGUAGUAUUGUCCAAUGUAAGUCCUCGGGGGCAGCUAUCGAGCCCCCACUCUUCCUUAGCAAUGUUCUCUUCAGUACAAUGUAGCAAUAUGAACCCCAAAUGUUGGGCCAAAUAAUCCAACUCUGCUUGGUAGUCUAGCGCCCCUUGCUGCAGGCAGGUAGUACUACUCAGAACUCGGGACCCAGCUCACUACUGCAUUAUACACAACUGGGUCACUGCUGGGCCUGGGGUUUCCCUUAUGUAUUUCUCCAAGACUUUCAGUGCUGAGGACGGGGGGUCCAGGGUGUAGCACUCGUGCCCCUCAGCCUUCGCCACUGUGGAGAGGUAUAGUCCAUUUCAUUGCUAUGGCUUUGUACCAUAGAAACCAACAGCAGAAGCUCAUCUUGUUUUCAUUGCUUUGGGUACAGAACCAUAGGAAUGAAUUGGACCAGUUUCUAUAUACGGUGCCAAUUGGCUGAGCCCUGAGGCUGCCAACGUUACUGGGCAUGUAGACUUCAGCCGUCCGUAUGUGCCCACAUUUGGUCAAGCAGUUUGGCCGAUUUCAGCCAUAAUGCCUGGCCAUCUGGACAUGUACUCCAGGUUGGUGGAUCAUCUUGUGAUCCUAUUGGAUGAUGCCAGCUAACAAGGAAAAGGAGCAGCAGCUCUUCAUCAUUUCCUAUUGUUCUUGCUGUCGGCCUCAAUAAAUGGACCAAUCAGAAGCCAUACUGGUACCCCUCUGUUUAGCGUAUGGGCCAGUCAGUUGGAUGCCUGAUAUCAUUGGCCGGUGAAUGGGCAGCUUUAGUGCUGCAAAGUUGAAUUUGUACUUCGACGCAGACAGCAAGUUAUUUCCAGUUGGGCUUUCUUUUUUAUAUUAUUUGUGAUUAAAGGAUAAGUAAGCCUUU